UGCGUGCGUGCGGGCGGGCGGGCGUACGCUUGCGCGCGCGUGCGCGCACCUUCUCCCCUGCCCUCGCGCGUCUGUUCAGAAUCAGUUCGUUCGCUACUUCAGAUAAACGCACGCGCGCCACAGCAACAACAACCGCCGGUUUUCCUCCUUCGGUAAACAAGAUGCGCGGAAAACGACCUGGAGAACGUCUUUAAACAAACACAUAAAUACAUAAGGAGGGGGAUGUGUUUUCUCUUGGACACGGUGUUCCGGGUAAUAACAUUUCAUCGACAACAUAAACCGGGGCGCAGAGAGAGACGGGAUUCAGGAGACGGUUACAGCCGCGAGCUGGACGGAAAUAUUAACGUAAGCGUCGCUAAUAACACACCGGAAAGUCUGCCGAUGAAGAAAAGCAAACGUCUGGGAUUGGGAAUUAAAGAAUGGCCGCUCCUGAUCUUCUGGACCCCAAAGCUGCUGCUCACAACUCCAAGCCCCGCCUGUCUUUCUCUGCCAAGCCAGUGGUGUUGAACACUCAGGAUGAGUUUGAGCCACGCGUCAGUGUCAUGCGCUGGAAAACUGUACUAACCGUCUUCCUGCUAGUCGUCCUUUACCUUAUCAUGGGCGCCACGGUGUUCAAGGCCCUGGAGCAGCCGCAGGAGAACUUGCAGAAACUCACCAUCCUCAGCCAGAAGCUUCAGUUUCUCAUCGAUCACCCCUGCGUCAACUCCACCGAGCUGGAGGAUUUAGUGAAGCAAGUGAUGACAGCCAUUCGAGCCGGCGUGAACCCUUCUGGAAAUUCGUCAAACGUGACAAGUUUAUGGGAUCUGAGCAGCUCCUUCUUUUUCGCCGGGACUGUUAUCACCACUAUAGGAUUCGGGAACAUUUCCCCUCGUACAGAAGGAGGCCGGAUAUUCUGCAUCGUGUAUGCGCUGCUGGGAAUCCCUUUGUUCGGCUUCCUGCUGGCUGGAGUUGGUGACCAACUGGGGACCAUAUUCGGAAAGGGCAUCGCUAAAGUUGAGAAGAUGAUUGUGAAAUGGAACGUGAGCCAGACGAAGAUCCGUGUGAUCUCCACCUUGCUCUUCAUCCUCUUUGGCUGCCUCAUUUUCGUCACGUUGCCAGCCAUCAUCUUUAAGCACAUUGAGGGUUGGAGUACCCUGGAGGCCAUUUACUUCGUUGUCAUCACCUUGACAACUAUCGGCUUUGGUGAUUUCGUGGCAGGCGAAGGUGAACGCCGUCAACACCAAGACAGCAACAGUGGUUCUGAGAUGGAGUACUUGGAAGACUAUUAUAAGCCAGUAGUAUGGUUUUGGAUUCUGGUGGGCCUGGCAUACUUCGCUGCAGUGCUCAGCAUGAUCGGAGACUGGUUCCGGGUCAUCUCAAAGAAAACAAAAGAGGAGGUGGGGGAGUUCCGAGCACACGCCGCAGAGUGGACGGCCAACGUUUCUGCCGAAUUCAAAGAGACGCGGCGCCGCCUCAGCGUCGACAUCUACGACAAGUUCCAGCGUGCCGCUUCCAUCAAGCGCAAACUCUCGGCAGAGCUCGGAAUCAACAACGUGCCGAUCAGCCAGGAGAUGACGCCGGGCAAGAGGGCGCUCUCUGUCAACUUGGGAGAUGACAGAGAGACGUAUCCAUCUUUUCCACUGGCACGCAAUGGAAGCCUCUUCCUCAAUGGCCUCAGCCCGGAGUACGCAGACCGGCGCGACAUCGCCAUAAUAGAACAUCUGAAAUAAGAACCAAGGAGGAGACAAUAAUGAGAUUGAAAUAAUUAAGAAUGUUGGAGAAAGAACUGAGAGAAAGAAGUGACAAAGGAAGGCUGUGUGGAGGAUUUCAGGAUUAGAACUUCUGCACUCUUCAUCUCAGAGAGGUUACAGGAUUAAUCCCCCUGCACACUGACCCUGGACUCUGGCCUCUUCUCAGUAAAACUCACCACUGGGUGCUCAAGGCUCCGAACCAAUGAAACACUCUUUGCAUCUUCAACGACGAACCGGUCGUGUCUUUUCCUCCAAAAAAGUGAUGAGAACUUGUGGAACCUUCUGGAACUUCUAAAAAAGCAACCGUUUGAAUGUGUCUCCAUCGUUCUCCUAGACCGAACUGUUUUUUUUCUUUCGUUUGGUUUAAAGUCUUAGAGUUUUAGACAGAUGUUUCGGAUCCAUCGUAAAAAAGCAAAGAAUGUCCACACCCACAUCUUUUUAGCUCUGCAAUUCAUUUCAGUGCCUUAAUAACUAGAGAAUUCUUACAAAACUGCAUGUGUUUGAUCUAUUUCUGGAAUCUGCUUGGAAAAGCAACCCACAUAGGGUUGAAAAUCCAAACAGGUGGGUAACCCCAGGGCUGCUGUGCUCUUCUGUUGCCAUGGUGACUUGGGAAUAGGACACGAGUGUCUUGGCCAAAAAAAUAAAAUAAAACAACAACAAAAAAAAAAACUACAAGGAUCGCCAUGGUUACUACAGCAUGGCAACCGAGUGUAGUCUGACUCUCACACGCACUUCACACUUCACACAGACUACAAGUGCAAAUCAGAGACGUGACUCCAGAGCGAUCCAGCGGCAUUUCAGACGCAGACUGAGGUCACUGUUCUGUGCUACAGUCAAUCGCAUUCACUCGUGUCUGCGAUGAUGUAAUGAAACAUGUGUGUUGCAUUUGCACUUUUCGCACAUUGCGAAUACACACAAGGUUUAAGUUUGAAGCGAAUCACAAACCCGAUCGAUAAACCGGUCACGAUACGAUGACGAAAAGCCGCGUGGGAGAAAAAUAGCAAUAUUUAAAUUUUGUUUCCAUAAUUAUUAGCUUUGUUGUUACUUUAUUCUGGCUGAAGCAACAAAAUUGGCCUUACGAUCCUCUCGAACUCCUCGGAUAAAUAUCUCGUGUAGAUGAAUCGUCCGAAAGUAACGGUUAAGAAAGAUAAAACAGGUGCAGACAAACGUUUAUUCAGUCACUGCAGGAUUUCAGAGAGUUUUUUUUUUUUUGUGAUUGUUGCCAAAAACGCUCGUAUUUUUAUUUAUUUAUUUUUUCCAGAUUUGCGACGAGAGCUUGUUUUUCGAGACGAACCUGGAAAGGAAAGGUACUUUGGGAGAAUUUGGUCGUAUGAUCCGUCCAAUCCUUUUCUGCUUAAACAUAUUCACUUUUUUUAUUUUUUUAGAGACUCAUAAGAAUUUUUUUUGUUGUCAAUCCUAAACACAGCACUUCCUAAUCUGUAUGUUAUGUAUGUUAUCUGAAGCAGAAUGUGCAGAAGGCGAACAUAUGCAACAUAAAGGGAACGCGGCAAUAGAGACGGUGUUGACUUUCACUCAAAGUAUCGAAACAUCUUUUCUUCUUGUUUUUUAAAUCAGCUUUAGCACCAAUGAUGGUUAAAGUCCACAGGGUGAAUGAGAGAGGAGCGUCAGCUCGUGAAAAAGCUUAGCUCAAGGAGUUGGACGGUGAAAAGCCAUCGUUUACGGUGGUAUAUUUUUAGAAAAUAGACCAUAUAUAUCAUAAAUAAGAUACAGAAUAAGUGGUAUUAUUUCAUUUAAAAAGAAAUCUUACUUGCCAAAAAAAAUAGGUUUGGAUGUGUAUAUGUGGUGAUGUCAUGUAAAGCCAAGAAGCGUGCCAUGGUACCAGAACCCGAGACUAGUAGACUAUACUGUAGAAGACGGCGUGGGUAGAAGGUGGUUUCAGGUUCCACUGAAAAACUGUGCUGCGAUUCCCAUGAACCUGAACACAAGUAUUAUUCGGAUCCAUGCUUGUUUAGGGAGUAAAAAGAGUAACGCGAGCAUGUAUUUUCGUUUAUCAUUAGCUUUCACAACAGACAUGUACAAUGAAGAGACAGAUGAGGUGCCUUACUGUGCGUUACGGUGUGACUAUAUGGUCGUGUUUUCUACACAUGUUUGUGAUAGAAGAUUUUAAGCCUUUGGAUUUUUGAAAGACUCGAGUGAAUCAUUGCAGGGGUAACAUUGCAGGGGUGCCAAAACAAUCGCACUCGGAUUUGGACCAACAGCAAAUGUGUCCUGUGUGAAAACCACCUCAGCCUUUUUUGAAAUUAUUAUUAUUACGAUUUUUUUUUAUUUUACAGAUGUCAUUUUUUGAGUUUACAUGGUGUUGUCGUACCUUCAGCCUUUUCAUAAUUUUUAGUAGUAUAAGUCAAAUUUAAAGGUUCCAACACAGGAAGUGACCCCUAGCAGGUGAAACAGUGAGGCCUUUCUGAAGCGGUGCAAGAGUCUGAAUCAUAUACAUUAAUAUAAACCCUGCUCAUCAACGAAUAAAGGCAAGCUCACAUCUGCGUAAAGAAUAGCGGUGCACAUUUAGCUUGAAUGUACUGCAUGCGAGAAAGAAUUGGCAAAUUACAUUGCUAAAUAUAUACCGAAUGCAUGUGCUAUGGUUCGCGAUUCGCUCACGGAUGAUGUUUGACUCGAUGGUUUUGACAGGAAUCUCUCGGGUCACAGAGGAGAAAGGUGAAAAGAGAGAUUCUGCAGCGUAGAUAAGAGCUUCUGUUAGAGAAUGUCUACUGCCUGCAGGGGAUAGUGUGCGUGUGUGUGUUUGUGUGUGUGUGUGUGUGUGUGUGUGUGUGUGUGUGUGUGUGUGUGUGUGUGUGUGUGUGUGUGUGUGUGUGUGUG